AUGGGUUGCUGUGGCUGUGGAGGUUGUGGUGGCUGUGGCUGUGGUGGCUGUGGCUGUGGUGGCUGUGGUUGUGGCGGCUGUGGCUGUGGUGGCUGUGGCUGUGGCUGUGGCGGCUGUGGUUGUGGUGGCUGUGGCUGUGGCGGCUGUGGCUGUGGUGGCUGUGGCUGUGGCUGUGGCGGCUGUGGCUGCUGUGGCUGCUGCACCCCUGUGGUCUGCUGCUGCCGCCGCACCUGCUGCAGCUCCUGUGGCUGUGGCUCCUGUGGCUGUGGCUGUGGGAAGGGCUGUUGCCAGCAGAAGUGCUGCUGCCAGCAGAAGUGUGGCUGCAAGAAGUGCUGCUGCUAG